UGUUUUAAGUUCAUUAUCCGUUAUCCUCUCUCCACUCUCUGGUAGCGCAAAUCAUCGGUGAGGUCUUCCCUUCGAAUCCUCGUUUCUUGACUCCAACAGCGCCAAUUUGAAAUCUCUAAACCCCAGACUCGAGCUUCAUUUUUCGUCCGAGGCUCCGAGCUGCAAUCGAACGCAAUCCCUCUUCAAUUUUUGUCCAACCUUCAUUCUUCAUGGCGCGCUUCAUCCCCUUGACCUUCGCCCUGCAAUUUGAACACAAUCCCUAACGCUGCAAUCGAACUCAUCUGUGAGCUUCAAACUCGCGCUUAAUUCUUCGUCCGAGCUGCAAUCUUGUAUAUGGGUUUGUUCUAGUUUGCCCGAAAGAAGAAAAAGUGAGAGUAGAGUUUACUCUCCCCCUCCCUCCCUUGCUCACCUCCAUACUCGAACGUGGUGUUGGGUCAUGUCAGUUCGAAUUUGAAAGAUUCAAUUGGUCUCUAUCCGUGCAAUAUUCUUGCUUCUAGCCGAGUCUCUCGCAUCUUGAGCAUCUUUUUGCAAUCAUGGACGCCCCCAUUAUCGAUCCAUUGCAGGGAGAUUUCCCAGAAGUGAUUGAAGAAUAUCUGGAGCAUGGGUGUAUGAAAUGUAUUGCGUUCAAUCGUCGUGGUACCCUUCUUGCCGCUGGGUGCAAUGAUGGAAGUUGCAUUAUUUGGGAUUUUGAAACCAGGGGAAUUGCUAAGGAGCCGGAUUAUGAAUGUUCUUCUCCCAUUACUAGUAUAUGUUGGUCCAAGUAUGGUCAUCGAAUUCUUGUGUCUGCUGCUGAUAAGUCAUUAACAUUGUGGGACGUUAAGAGCGGUGAGAAGAUUAAGCGAAUAGUUUUACAACAAACCCCUCUACAAGCCCGUCUUCAUCCUGGCUCCUCUAAUCCAUCUCUUUGCUUGGCAUGUCCUGUCUCAUGUUCUCCCAUGAUUGUUGAUUUGAAUACGGGAAACACAACUUUACUUAAAGUUUCUGUCCCAGACAUAGGCAAUGGGUCAACUGCUCCAUCACGCAACAAGAGCUCUGAUGGAUCUACCCCCUACAGCCCAACUGCUGCAUGUUUCAAUAAGUAUGGGAGUUUAGUUUAUGUGGGGAAUUCAAAGGGGGAGAUUCUUAUAAUUGACUAUAAAGGUAAUGAAGUGCGUGCCAUGGUUCCUAUCUCUGGUGGUUCUGUGGUCAAGAGCAUAGUGUUCAGCAGAAAUGGGCAGUAUCUACUCACAAAUUCAAAUGAUCGAAUAAUCAGGGUUUAUGAAAACCUUCUGCCCCUGAAAGAAGAAAUUGGAGCCCUUUAUGACCUAAAUGAGAACCUCAAUGAUCUUAGUGAUGUUGAAAAGUUGAAGACUGUUGGAUCUAAAUGUUUAAAUUUAUUCUGUGAGUUUCAAGAUUCCAUCACAAAGGUGCACUGGAAAGCCCCCUGCUUUAGUGGUGAUGGUGAAUGGGUUGUUGGUGGUUCUGCUAGCAAAGGAGAGCACAAGAUUUACAUAUGGGAUAGAGCUGGCCAUCUUGUGAAGAUCCUUGAAGGACCUAAAGAAGCCCUUAUUGAUUUAGCUUGGCAUCCCGUUCGACCUAUUAUUGUAUCUGUUUCUCUGGCUGGCUUGGUUUAUAUAUGGGCUAAAGAUUAUACUGAGAAUUGGAGUGCAUUUGCUCCUGAUUUCAAGGAGCUUGAGGAAAAUGAGGAGUAUGUGGAACGAGAAGAUGAGUUUGAUUUGAUUCCUGAGACUGAGAAGGUGAAAACAUCUGAUGUUAAUGAGGAUGAGGAAGUUGACAUUGUGACAGUGGAAAAAGACGAAGCUUUCAGUGAUUCUGAUAUGUCUCAGGAAGAGCUCUGCUUCUUGCCAGCAACUCCUAGUCGUGAUGAGCAGCAGGACAAGUGCUUGGAAAGUUUUUCGAAGCUGGUGGACAGUAAUAAUUCUGGAUCCCCUCUUUCAGAAGAGCCUGGACCAAAUGGACAUAUGAACCAUGCAUCAAGUCCACUUGAGGACGAUGCAGGAGGAACACAUGUGAAAAGAAAGCGAAAACCAUCAGAGAAGGGGCUGGAAUUGCAGGCAGAAAAAGUCAAGAAACCCUCAAAAUCCAGUAAAUCUUCAAAGACUAAAAGUAAAUCUUUUGUUGAUCAGGAUGAUGGUGACAGUUUCUUUGGUGAUGAACUUUCUGAUGAAUGACAGCAUAAUUUUUUUUUCCUCUUUUUUGUAAUAUCAUCAGAUGUUUCGUGAUAAUUUCUUUUUAUUGUUAACUUCUUUUAUCCGCUUCUAAUAUUUCUAGCAUCUGGGUAGCUUUGUUUGUCUAUCCCCUCCCUACUGUUCCCCUUAGUUCAGGCGGGUCUAGUAAAAGGUGGUAUGUCCAUUCCUUCAUACAGUCACUGGCUAUAAGAUGAAAUUAUCACCAGAUAAGUUUGUGCCCCAUCAAAUUACAAGUUGGACACAUGAAAUAGCAGGUAUGCAAUUUCUGUCACUUCAGUUGAAUGAAUUAUGGCCUAAUUGAUUGAUUUGGGAAGCACUGAAACAUUUGACAAUAAUGCAGGAUGAAUGUGACGUAGAUAAAUCUUUGAUGAGGUUGAAACUCAGAUCAAAUUUUAUGGACGAAAACAGUGCUUUAGUAGUUUCUUGCGCAGUAAUUGUUUUUGAGGACUUCCAUAUGAUCAAAUAUUUCAAUUAUUGGUUACAUCAAUUUAUACCAUGUUCAAGGCUAAACGGACCUGCAGGUCAACUUAAGUUUGAAGUCACUAGAAGUUGGCCUGCUUAUUUUACAGCAUGUUUAGAUGUGAUUAUUGGGUAGAACUUUUGUACAGAAUCAUGUCAGAGGAAGUAGAUAUUCUUUUGUCUAUUGGCUUCAUGUGGAACGAAGCUUGAAGGAAGCAUAAAUGCCUACAGCCACCAUCAGAAUUGCUGCACCUGCAUAUAACAGCUUCUGUUUAUCUUCUUCAUUGAACCCAUCCGCCAGUCUUGUUAUGGCUUGAGAAGCAGAGUUAGCUAUAUUCUUGAAGCCUUUUCCUAUUGGCGAUUCACUUUCUUUUGUUCCAUAGUUCCUUUUAUUGACUUUAUGGGUUUUGACAUCCGUUUCUUUCUCCCUCUUCUCAGGGGUUUUCAAGCCAGAACUUUUGGAAGCAACCAUGGCAGAUUCUUUUCCUUUUUCCUUGCUUGCUUCUUUGGCCAAAGUCUGAACCUUCUGAGGUGCUUUCCCUGCGUCUGAAGUCUUCUUAUUGUCUUCUUUUUGGAUCCUUUCCUUCUCAGCUCUCUGGUUUUCCUCAUUCUUCUCAUCGUCUAACGUACCUUUUGGCGGAAUUUCUUCUGUAUACUUUUGAGGCAUUCUAGAUUCGCCUUUGGCUUUUUGUGGGGUUUCUUCAGUCUUCUUUAUCUCAUCCCUAUGCUUUUUGUCUCGUUCAUCAUCUAAUGUACCUUUUGCUGGAAUUUCUUCUGCAUACUUUUGAGGCAUUUUAGAUUCUCCAGUAGCUUCUGGUGGGGUUGGUCUUUCAUCUUUUUUCUGAUCAGAUUCUCUCCUGCUCUCCAAUUCAGAUUUGGGUUGUUCUUGAGAGACAUCUUUAUCACUUUCAACCCCAGAAGUAGAUGUUGGAGGAGUGACCUGUUUGGCUGGUUCUUGAACUGGUUUUGGUUCUUCAAUAAUGACACUUGAACUUGGCUUCUUUGGCAUUGUAAUAGUAAUAACUGCUCCCUCAAAUUUUCCUUUGAGGUUAUCACUGUCACAAGUUUCUGGAAUCACAUACUCUUCCUUGAAA